CUCUCCCCGCAGGAGCGGGGCGGCAGCAACUCCUUCAACCAUGAGGCCCUCACGCUCAAGUACAAACUGGACAAUCAGUUCGAGCUGGUGUUCGUGGUGGGAUUUCAGAAGAUCCUGACGCUAACCUACGUAGACAAGUUGAUAGAUGACGUUCACAAGGAGUUCAGAGAUAAAUAUCGCAAUGAGUUUCAGCAGAAAGGCACUCUGGGCCUCCUAAAUGGCACCUUUGAUUUUAAAGAUGACUUUCUGCGUCUCCUCCGGGAAGCAGAGGAGAGCAGUAAAGUCCGAGCUCCCACCGUAAUGAAGACGUUUGAGCAGUCGAUGAAAUUUCAGAAGACUGUCAAGUGUAUGAUAGAAACUCGAGGGGAGAAACCAAAGGAGAAAGCCAAGAACAAGAAGAACAAAGGUUCCAAAAAGGAGGGAACCGAAGCUGUUACAGCAUCCAAUAAAGCAGCCCCAGGUGAAAAGCAGCCCUCUGCAACUGGGGACAGGGAAGAACUGACCAAGGAUGAAAUACUGCAAAAGAACCGGGAGGAAUUCUUCAAGAGGCACAUGAAAGCAGGAGAGAAGUCGAGCAAGUCUCCGAAGCCUGAGGCUCAGAAGGAGAAGGGGAAGAAACCCCGUGUGUGGGAUCUGGGGAACUCUAAUGCCAAAGUACUCGAUUACAGUAACUCCACUACCAACGGAAACUCAGAGGCUUGUCCUGCGGAGGAAUUUGACCCUGAUAUAGCCCUGGGGGAUCGAAAUCGGGAGCCCGGCCGCCUCUAUGACCUUGAAUAUGAGAGCGAUGAAGAACCUGAAGAGGAGAAGGUUGUUCAGAACCCUUCAAAACCAAGUGCAAAGAAGGGUGGCCUGGGAGGCAUGUUUGGCAUGCUGAAAGGCCUGGUGGGAUCCAAAAGCCUGACAAGAGAGGACAUGGAGCCAGUGCUGGAGAAGAUGAAGGAUCAUCUGAUUGCAAAAAACGUGGCAGCUGAGAUUGCAGUCCAGCUCUGUGAGUCAGUGGCUAAGAAACUGGAAGGGAAAGUGAUGGGAACAUUCACCACGGUGACCUCAACAGUGAAGCAGGCCCUGCAAGAGGCUCUAGUGCAGAUCCUGCAGCCCCAGCGCCGCGUGGACGUCCUCCGGGACGUCAUGGACGCCCAGCGUCAUCGCCGGCCUUAUGUAGUCACCUUCUGUGGUGUCAACGGCGUUGGGAAAUCCACCAACCUGGCCAAGAUCUCAUUCUGGCUGAUCGAGAACGGUUUCAGCGUCCUGAUCGCCGCCUGCGAUACGUUCCGUGCCGGAGCGGUGGAGCAGCUCCGCACGCACACCCGCCGCCUCAACGCCCUGCACCCCCCGGAGAACCACGGCGGGCGGACCAUGGUGCAGCUCUACGAGAAGGGCUACGGGAAGGAUGCUGCGGGCAUUGCCAUGGAGGCCAUUUCUUACGCUCGUAACCAGGGCUUUGAUGUGGUCCUGGUCGACACCGCGGGCCGCAUGCAGGACAACGCCCCCUUGAUGACAGCUCUGGCCAAACUCAUCGCAGUCAAUGCUCCUGACCUGGUCCUGUUUGUUGGGGAAGCUCUCGUGGGAAACGAGGCUGUGGAUCAGCUGGUCAAGUUUAACAAGGCCCUGGCUGAUCAUUCCAUGGCCCAGACACCACGGCUCAUUGACGGAAUUGUGCUCACCAAGUUCGAUACCAUCGAUGACAAGGUUGGUGCCGCGAUCUCCAUGACGUACAUCACGAGCAAGCCCAUAGUAUUUGUUGGUACUGGACAAACCUACUGUGAUCUGCGUAGCCUUAAUGCCAAGGCUGUGGUCGCAGCGCUCAUGAAGGCCUAAAAACAAUUAUUGCACCAAAUUGCUGUUUGCAGAUGUCUCAGAAGAACAUGCUUUACCCUGUGACUGACUAGUCUUUCCAGUGUAGUGCAAAACAGAAUGAAGGGAUACCAGCGCAAAGGGCUACAACUGCCUUGCUUGCCUGUGAAUACUCCCUAAUGCACACUUCCACCGGCUGCAUGAGUUUAAACUUGGGAGGAGGGUGUUGUCUUUGAUCAUGUUGUGCUUACUCCAGUUAGCGCCAUGCUCCUGUCGUAUUUAUUGACUAUAGUUUAUUUUUGGAUAAAACUUGUCUUCUCCAGCUGGAGCACUCAUACCAGAUUGAUUCUGUGGCUUCAUCCAGUACAAGCCCUUCCCCUGGAUUCCUUCAUUCUGUCCAAGUGACUCAGCCUCCUUCACUUGGAGGCUGAAACCAGAGCUUUGUAUUGUUCAUACCGUGUGAGUGGCAGUGCAAGGACCUGCUGUGCUUUGGGGCUGUUCUGUCACUAGCAGCAGCAUGUGUGGACUGUUUGGUGGGGGUUGUUGGAGGCACUUGUAAGGCUGUGAGCUGCUCUUGACUGUUAGAUCAUCUCAUGGAGGGCACAGUGAGUUUCCUCAUGGGGCUAAGGGUGAGCGAGUGCUGUUAGCAAACUCUGCAGAACAGGGAUAGGUGCUGCUUAGUGACAGCGUUAGAAUAUCCAACCAUUGUCACCUGCUGCUAGCCUUUGACUGUGGCAGCUCACCAAAGUUGGCAAACCAAAAAUUUGCAACAGUCUGCCCCUGUGCUGGGCAAGAAGGGAGAGGUUAAAUUGCCUUAAGGUCCCUGUUUCUCUUGUCACUGGGACUCUGUAGCGGGGUACCCAGCUAUCUCCCAUUUUGGCAGAAGCUAGAGAGCUGUGGGGGCUGCAGCUUCUGUUCUGUGGGGGUGGAGAGGUAGGUGGAGGACUGUAACUCUCCUGGGAGCUGUGUCCCUCCAAGAUGGAGGACUGCUUAUGUCCUCCAGGCACCUGGACUGCUUGAGACUAUGUCCUGGUCUGCCUACCCUCCCACGUGAAGGAGCUUGGCCUAACAGUACAAAGGGGUCCGCUUCUCUUCUAUCAGCCAGAGAAGGGAGGGCAGAUGUGCUCCUGUGAGCCUUCUGCCCGCUGGCCCCAGCGUUGUUUGCUGCCUCAACAAUGCUAGCAAAGAGGAGGAGGAGAAAAAACAAAAAAUACUGGAAGACAAUGGUGGCUGCUUGCUGCUUUCCUGCACCCUUUCUCCCUCCCUUUAGAGUGCCUCUUGAUCCUGGUCUAAAGUGCUACAUUGAAUAAUACAAAACUCUUACAAUGUCUUGUAGCUCUGUAUUGCAGAUGUGCUAUAGUGCAAUAAAUUGAAUGCUGUCUGCUAAGAGACAUAAUUUAUAUAAAUAAACUUCAUAAUUUGU